UGGUUAAUAUCUUGUUCUCGAAGACUAAAAUUAUGUACAACGAUUUCAGUCACAACGACAAAACCGUCACUAUCACUCGUACAUCCAGCGAUCCCAAUGCUGAAUUCCUUGAUUGUUUCCAACUUGGUGAUGACACGCAAUGGUUCGGCGGGCCGCAGUUUCGCUAUCAGCACUGGCCUAUACAAAAUAUGUACUAUGACGAAGAGGUGUACCUGCCUACGCAUCCUUCAAACAUGGGAUUAGCCGAGCGUUAUUGGCUGUCCAGCAAAGGGAUUUACAUCUAUGUUGACGAGGCAAGUCCGCUAUUCCUCGAUCAGAACAAUUAUCGGGAUAACUACUUAUGCAUGAUCAUCAAGAACAAAGCGCCCUAUCAUUAUCGCAACAACAUCGAAGUUAACUACACAAUAGGUAUCUUAUCAGAUCCGAAAACUGCUCAUCAAUACGCAGUUGCAAAGCAUUUGGGUCAUCCAACGGAUCUCCCCGACGAACUGAUGGUUCGUUAUCCUAUAUGGUCUACUUGGGCCAGGUACAAGGCCAACAUCAACGAGAAAGUGGUAGAGACCUUCGCAGACGAAAUUGUGGCCCAUAACUUCAAGAAUAGUCAGAUCGAGAUAGAUGAUAACUGGGAGACUUGUUACGGCUCCGCCGAGUUCGAUCCCGUGAAGUUUCCCGACGUCAGCGCUCUUACACAGCGAUUAAAAGACAAGGGCUUCCGCGUCACUUUGUGGAUACAUCCUUUCAUCAAUCGAAACUGUGAAUCCGCGUACUCCUUCGCGCAAAAUAACAAUUACUUUGUUAAAAAUCUCGAUGGGAAUGUUCAAAUGUCGUGGUGGCAGGGUUCAGAUGCCGCCACGAUUGACUUUACGAAUCCCGCGGCUGUGGCAUGGUGGGUGGACCGCGUUAAGCGUCUCCAAGAUUUAGGCAUUGACAGUUUUAAGUUCGAUGCUGGUGAGGUGUCCUGGUUACCACAGGUGCCGAACUUGUUGAACGGUCAGUCUGAGUUGCAGCCAGGUAUAUUCACGAAGCAAUACGCCCGCUUACUCGCAUACAACUUCCCCAAAAACAUUGAAGUGCGGGUAGGAUGGGGCACCCAGGACUUACCGAUAUUUGUUCGCAUGCUCGAUAAGGACACCAGAUGGACGUGGAACAACGGUCUGCCGACACUAAUCACGACGCUACUGCAGAUGAAUCUUAACGGAUAUGUGUACGUGCUGCCGGACAUGAUCGGCGGCAAUGGCUACCUCGAUGGUUCGCUCGACAGAACGGACUAUCCAUCUAAAGAGUUAUACAUCAGAUGGCUGCAGACCACCGUCUUCAUGCCAACGAUACAAUAUUCUUUUGUGCCAUGGGAUUACGAUGAUGAAACUCUCGAGAUCUGCAGAUUUUAUACCGAAUUACGCGAGAGUUAUGUGACACGUAUUUUAAAUGCUAUGCAGCAGGCCAUUGAUAACGGCACUCCUGUAAAUCCUCCUAUUUGGUGGAUUGAUCCGCUCGAUUCAGAAGCUCACAAAAUUAAUGACGAAUAUCUUCUUGGAGAAUCUAUAUUGGUUGCUCCGAUAACUGAAGAGGGUGUCGAAAGUCGUAAUAUCUAUCUACCUAAAGGAAGCUGGCUUGAUAUGAAUCAAGAAAAAACUUAUGAAGGACCGAUAUGGCUGGAAAACUAUUAUGCUCCUUUAAGUGUACUUCCUUACUUCAAGAGAUUAACAUAAAGAGAU